UGUCAUUGAAGCAAUUCCUAUCGUAAGAUUUGUUGUUUCUCAUUCCUGUGAGUGAGUCAUCUAUAAAUGAAAUACCAAGAUUAAUUAAUUUUUUUACGUGGUGCUCCUUGUAAUUUUAUACAUUCUUGUCUUUAAUUAGGCUUCUAGCCUUCGUGUUUUGUGUAGAAGUUUUUAAAAGCCGUCAAACUGGGGAACGAAAUGUCAUCAUCUGCUAUGGAGAAACAUCUGUUUAAUUUAAAAUUUGCUGUAAAAGAAUUAGAAAGAAAUUCAAAGAAAUGUGAAAAAGAAGAAAAAUUGGAAAAAGAAAAGGCAAAGAAAGCUAUUCAAAAGGGUAACUUAGAAGGGGCUCGGAUACAUGCAGAGAAUGCUAUCAGACAGAAGAAUCAAGCAUUAAACUAUCUUAGAAUGUCAGCAAGAGUUGAUGCAGUGUCCAGUAGGGUUCAAACUGCUCUCACAACUAGAAAAGUGACCAACUCGAUGGCAGGAGUGGUCAAAGCCAUGGAUGCUGCUAUGAAGUCAAUGAAUCUAGAGAAAAUCUCCACACUCAUGGACAAAUUUGAAAGCCAAUUCGAAGAUCUGGAUGUUCAGUCAUCAUAUAUGGAGAAUGCAAUGUCACAAACAACUACAACAACAGUGCCUCAAGGAGAUGUAGACCAGCUGCUGCAACAAGUGGCAGACGAAGCUGGAUUAGAGUUGAAUAUGGAGUUACCAUCAGGAGUACCAAGCACUUCAGUUGGAACUGCGACGGUGGUGUCGCAAGAGCAGGACGAACUGACGCAACGAUUGGCGCGACUGCGGCAGGCUGAAUAGCCGCCGUAUGCUUAUUGUACGAUGUAUUACUUUAAAAUUGUAAAUAUUCGCAAAUUUUAACAGAAAUGGUGAAUAUGAUACCAAAUAGUACUAACCAUUGUCUCAUUACAUCCAAUAAAAUCUGUCAGUAUUUUUCCAUAGCUACAACCUUUAAUCGUAUUUUACUUUGGGCCGGGAAUCGCAUUUUGA